AUGGGAGAGAUUCCCCGAUCAGCCUCCCAACCAAAUGACCGAGAUGCGCUCAUUUUCCGUCAGAUUCCCAGGAUGACCUUAUCCUCCGCAGAAAACCCUCUCAAUGCACCACUGCCGCCAGAUUCCACUCUGACUAGCCCAAGCACUCGAGCCCUGUCACGCUUUGCCGUGGAAGGCAAUGCGGUCAUCACGGGUGGUGCUGGGGCUCUAGGUAUGGCCACCGCACGUAGCCUUCUCGAGCAUGGGCUCUCGUCACUUGCCCUGUUAGACCUAUCCACGACUCUGGAAUCAUCAGCUCCAGACAUUGCGCGGCUUCGCACCGACUUUGCAGCAAACUCGUCAUGCGAGAUUCAUACUUUUUCUGUCGAUGUGACCAGUCCUAUACUAGUAAAUGAAACCAUCGAAAAGGCCGCCACGGUAAUGGGGGGCAUCGAUAUACUCCUCUGCCUCGCCGGAAUCGUUGGCUGCGAAGAGUCAACCGCAGUCACAGCAGACGCGUUUAUGAAGGUGAUUGAUGUGAAUUUGAAAGGAUCCUUCGUGUGUGCGCAGGCGGUAGCGAAGCAUAUGAUUGAACGCAAGAAAGGGGGCAGUAUCGUGUUCACGGGGUCAAUAUCAGCCCAUCUAACCAACUUUCCUCAACCGCAAGUUGCGUACAACGCCAGCAAGGCGGCAGUGGUGCACAUGGCGCGCAAUCUAGCUGUUGAGUGGGCGGUUUAUGGAAUUCGGGUGAACAGCGUCAGCCCGGGGUAUAUGGAUACUGUGCUGAAUGCUGGAGAGAAUCUGAAAGAAUUGAGAGAGAUUUGGGCUUCGAAUUGUCCCAUGGGCCGGAUGGGGGAUGUGGAAGAAAUCACUGGAGCUUUUGUAUUGUUGGCUAGUAAACGGGCUGGGAGAUACAUGACUGGUGCUGAUAUUGUGGUAGAUGGCGGUGCUGUUUGCUUGUAA